AUGGCAGACGACCAUCCACCCUCCGCGCCGCCUCCCAAUGCCUUCAUGAGCGAGCCCACUUCCGAUCCCGCCCUGCUCGAUCCCUUCCGCGCCAUCCCCUGGUCCAACUCGCUCCUCAAUUCCCCCGACUACUAUCCCAUCCGCACCUGGUCGCGACACCCCAAGCCACACACCGGCGAAGAUGGCUUCUUCGCAGGAACCCUGGCCACCCCUUCCACCAUCCCGCACUGUCUGACCCUGCGCCGCCGCACCCUCCCCUCCCCGCCAGCACAACUCCCCGUCUGGCCCAGUCCCACCGCCGCACCCUCCGCUGACCCCUCCCCAAACCCCGCCGAUAUCAUCCUGCUGCUGGAUCUGGCCACCCCCGGCGUCAGCGGACACCCUUCCACCGCCCACGGCGGCAUCGUCGCGACCCUCCUCGACGAGGCCAUGUCCCUCGCCGUUGCCGUCCAUGCCCCCGCCGCCGCCGCGGACCACCCCCGCGGCCCCAUCUACACCGCCCAGCUGGAUGUGCGCUACAAGAGGCCGCUGCGUGUGCCGGCCCUGGUCGUCGUGCGCGCCAAGGUCGUGGCCCGCGUCGGCAGGAAGUACUGGGUGCGCGCGCAGGCCCUGCAGGAAGAGACCAAGGACGAUAGUCCGCGCGGCUCCGGGGCGCACUUGGAGUGGGCGAAGAAGAAGGUCGUCGUGACGGAUGCCAUGGCGUUUUGGGUGCAGGCUGCGCCAUCAUUGUAG